GCUGGAAAAAAGAGUCACAGGCCUUAAAGAUGAAAAGUUUCCUCCUCCGGACGAGUUUUUAGGGUGCGCGUUUUAAAGUUGCGAUUUUUACCAGGGAAAAGUUUAACUUUAAUGGUUGAAAAGUUUUCCAAAACAGCACCCGGGUGCACCCGAACCGGACGGGGACAAGUUUGGCCGUGAUCCGGGCGGUCGAGCGGUGGAAAACGCGCUGCGGAAAAUUGAUCUGGAAUUGGAUUUGCUGCGAGCGACGGCGGACCAGAGCUCUGGUGUAGGAAAAUUUUCUGCGCCCAAAAAUCCCCACACAUUCGCCAUCAUCGUCGUCGCGGGGCUGGCAUUCAGCCUCCAGCAGCUUCAGCGAGGGUGGGGGAGGGAAGGUUGAUAAAAGUUAGACAUUUUAUUUGAUUGCAAUGUGAAAGUGAGUGAGAGUGAAAUUACGCCAUGGAACUCGGUCGGAACGGGAAGACGACGUCGUCCGGAAAACGCGACGCCACCCGCGGGAAGUGAAGGAAAAGUGCCAGGUUGUUUUCGCCACUUUUCAAACGCACAAAAAUGGAGUAGAAGUGAAGGAUUUCUCGAGGGAUAACGAUAAGAGGAGAUAAGGAAAAGAAGGGAUAGAAAGAAAAGGUCGACGGAAUGCAGGAUACGAUGGCAAAGGCGCUCGAUAGCGACACGGAGUCGGAGAUCCCAGCCAGUGUGCAGAGCAACAACAACAGCGAACCCAACACGGACAUUGACGAAAAACCGGAAGUGGACGCCCUGUGCGCCAGGCUCGGCAAAAUCGAACCCGGAACGCUUCCGCCUACCACCAACGGUCCAACCCCGACCAAUGGCAACUGCAGCGACACCGACAGCUCGGUCAGCAUGGCCAGCAGUGCCCGGCUGACGACGACGCCCUCCCUCGUGGCCACCGGAAGUGGCAACCUGUCCGAUGGGCCGUCCUCCCUCCCAGCUCCUCCUCCCACCCUGUUGCCCAAGGUCAACCCCAACGCGACCCCUCCAACGACCCCCACCAAAGACCGAGGCGCGUCCGGAUAUGGGUCCGGUUCCGGUGGGACCACUUCCAACCCGGAUCGCGUCAAAAAGUACCGCCACCAGCACUUUAGCAAAAACAUCUACAUCGGAACGAAGAACGCCGAAAAGUGGGACACGCUGCGGAACCUGCUGCAGUUCAAGAACGACGUCGAGUUUGUGUCCUUUCUGCUCCGGCUGGCCGAGCUGGACGAGCGGAAGCGGAAGGUGGCGCGGGCGGCGGGGAACGGAUUAAACGGCGAAGAUCUGCACCGCGACGACGAACCGCUGCACAACGUUCUUCCAAGCAUGUUGGCAAGCUCCAAGGUCGACGGCAAACCUAGUGCUAAGAAAACCAAAAGAGUACAAUUCCAAGAUAGUGUAAAUAUAAUCAACGACAACAACAGCAGCUGUAGUCUGCGCACUUCCGGUGGUGGCGGCGGCGGCGGCGGCGGUGAGGACAACGGUGGCGUGUUUGACUUCCAUGAAGACGAAGAAGACGGGGACGGGGCGGAGGUCGAGUUCAGACGGCGUCGAGCACGGUCCCAGCAGCCGCUCCGAUCGCCGGGUCCACCGGACGGGGAUGACCAGCGAGACGAGGAGGCGGCUACGGAUGGGGGAGAUGAGGACGAGGAGCAGUACAUCGUGCAGAAUAUUAUUAAGAAACUGCCGGGGCGUUUGGGGCAGGGUAACGAGGUUCAGCAGGACUCGAUCAGCAGCACGAUGGGUUCGGUUUCGGAGGACUCGUUGCACACGGAAAUGGAAGUGCUGGACUAUCGUAUAGCGGAGAAGAUCAAGACGGAGCUGGAGGAGAAGCAGAAGCUGGAGCGGAGAUCGUUCAACGAAGAAAUGCCAUCGACUUCCAACUUUUCGGAGCAUUCGGAUCGUCCGUCUGAUGACGAGGGUUACGACAGUAAGAUCAACAUUAAGAAGCUGGAUAUUCGGAAGGCACCAUUCGAUCCGAAGCUUGGGGCGCACAGGAAAGUAAAGCGCGAAACGGGAUCUGUGGAUCUGCGUAUAGAGUACGAGGAGCAGGACUACAAUCCACUGAACGGCAAUGUAGACGAGCAGAGAAUGCUGUUGCCUCCACCGAAGAAGCCUAGAAAAGCACCUACAACGAAGAACAAAGCCUGCACGGGAUGUGGACUCAAGCAUGGAACGGAUCCGUGUCCACUGAACUCACCACUCGCGGUAAUCAAUAACAAAAUCGAGCUUAAUGAAUGGUUAGAACAGAACGAGGAAAUUAUCAAGAAGCACAAGAUUGUGUUGAAACCGGAAAAUCCGGAGGAGAUGGACGACGAGAACGAGGACGAUUACAAUGACGACGAAGACGAUGACGAGGGCGAUGAGAACGAAGAGAACCAGUACGAGGAGAAGCUGGACAUUCUGCCAUCGUUUGCAGAAACGUCACUUCCACCGGAGUUUGAGCUGCGUUUGGCCCCACUUGCAACGACUUUAAGUACCGUCGCCGCGGCCGGACUCAACACGAGCACGCAAUCGCUAAACAUCGACCCGCACGAUUCGGCAUCUUCCUUGGCGAUACAGCUGAGCGAUUCAAACCCCGCAGCACAACAGCUUCCACCACCGUCAACGGCGGCAUCCGUUACCAACACCAUCAACCACGGGCUAAGCGUCUACACCAAGAUCCCCCUGCCGAAGUACACCCAGCUGGGACCCGCCAUCGGGCUGAUCGUAAAGGAGACGGAAAUCCAGGACGACUGCACGAUGCGGUACAUCUUCGAAACGUUCAACGGCACCAAGUCCACGUACUUGAGCAUGGAGAACAAGAACCAAGCCAACUGGUUGCGCUACCUGCGCCCGGCCCGGCACCGCGACCAGAAAAACUGCGUGCUGAAGGUACGCAACGGGGACAUUGUGUUUGUGACCAGCGUCGACCUGGAGGUGGGCAGCGAGCUGCUGUACUGGAGCGACGACACCAACUCUGCCUGGGGCAAGAAGAAGAUGGAGAAGACCAACUGCGGCGGCUGCAACCUCAAGUUCGACCACCCGCUGUUCUACCGGACGCACUGCUCGGUCUUUCACGAUCCGGCGUUCAGCCUGACGAUCCGGAAGUACCACUGCAAGGUGUGCGGCAUCGCCGUGCUCGGCAAGGAGAACAUCAUGAAGCACGCGGAAAAGAUGCACGACGGCAAGGGCGCGUACCAGUGCCAGUUCUGCUCCAAGUUCUUCCUGCGGCUCAACUACCUGGAGAUGCACCGGACGUACGGCUGCAGCAUGAACCCGCAGCGGGCCCGGCCGCUGUGCGACUUUUGCGGGCGCAAGUUCUGCCAGCCGCAGAAGCUGAAGGUGCACAUCAAGCGCAUGCACAGCGACAUGGCCGAGGUGCUGCGCGACUUCCAGUGCAAGCUGUGCUCGAAGCUGCUGGGAUCGCGCGCCGCCCUGCAGCGUCACUCGAAGGAGGUGCACAGCCGGAACUCGGCCGUGGUGAGCUGUCCCCGCUGCCAGAAGCUGUUCCAGAACCGGAGCAACCUGAAGAUCCACAUGCUGACGCAUUCGGGGGUGCGACCGUUCAAAUGUGCGGAGGGCGAGUGCUCGGCGGCGUUCACGACCAAGCAGUGUCUGCAGUUCCACUACAAGAAGGUCCACGGGUACACCCAGGAGCAGAUGCCGAAGAUCGAGCGGAGCGUGGCGUACACAUUUGACGCGUAUUCUGGUGGUAUGAAUAAUGGAUUGGUUGAUCUCCUUACAGAUGGGCUGCAACGUCGGCAACGGAGGAAACUGGAACCGGGCGAGGAGGGUCAGAGCCAGGGAGAGAAGCGGAAGCGCGCACCGAAGGAACUGCCCGGCAACAUUCUCAAGACGAAGAACAUCCUGGAGUCGUUCAACGAAAUCUGCAAAAAUGACAGCAACUUGUCGUUGCUUUCCACGAAGAUUUCGUCGAUUCUGAACGGGAAUCUUAAAGAUUUCACCAAAAUGACCGGGGGAGUCCCCGGCAUGGAGGGCGAAGGAGUCCGGAAGGAAGAGCUGGACGACGAGCUGGACUCGAACGAGUGCGCAGAGCGUGACGAACGGCUGGAAGCGAUCCAGCGUCACCUGAAUCAACCGUUGCACGAGGACAAGCACGACGACUUUGGUCAGCUGCACUCUCGUCUGUCAAACAUAUCAAGCCACAGUGACCCGAGUGCGAUGCACUACAAACUGUCAAACAAUGAAGACGAGAAGCCGCUGACGGACGCGGAUGGCUUCGGUGACCUGGGCUCGCUCGCGGCCAACCACAAGUACAAGGAAUUUAUGAACAGCGGAAAUCCGGGGCUGGUGAUCAGCAAGGGAAGCAAGAAGUGGAUAAGCGACAACGAUCAUCUUCCGGACGAGAAUAACUCGGAAAGCAUGUUGGCAGCAGCGGCCAACCGUGACUUCCUCACGAAGCUGAUCAUGAACGGCAAUGUUGGCCACAGCAACUCCCAGUCUCAAGCGGUGGAUGACGACGAGGACGACGAUGACAACUCUACCAUACUGGAUGUGGUCGAUUCCAACAAUCAGAACCAGCAAAAUUCAGCCGUUCAAAAUCAACAACAAUCCCAACAACAACAGCAACAACAACAGCAGCAGCAACAACAACAACAAGAACAACAGUAUACGUCUAGCUUUGCAGGGUUGAACAGUAGUCUGCCGGAUCUUCCAGCGUUCCAGAGUCACACCUUCCCAUCGCACUUUAACCACCAGUCGCUACUCGGAAGCUUUUACAACAACAACAGUGGAGUGUCAGGCCGAAACGCCAUCAACACCAUCCCGACUUCGGCUAGCAUGUUGGUCGAGGCCGCCCUGAACUCGGUCAGCAACAUCAUAAACGAAGCGGAGAUGAACAACAGCAACAACGAAAACAACGACCUUCACAUAGGGGACAUUGACGGUGGCACGGGAGGCGCCGGUACUGACAACAAUCUACAGUCGGACACCUUCACCACCAGCGGCAUCAACAAUUCCGUCGACGACAUGAAGAUGUUGAAGCCGCACAACUUCCCACUGCAGAUGAACUCGCUGUCGCAGUUCUCAUCACAAUCCCCCGAAGAUGCCAGCAUUAUUCAGGAACGCAACGAAAUGGAAGCAUCGCGACCAAAGUCUCGCGACAAGCUGACCAACUACCCGGACGGUGAGAUGCUCGGCUACUCGGAUCAGCAACACCAGCAACAACAAUCCCAAACCGCACAAUCCCACAAACACACCCCAAGUGUGGAGUCCGUGCGGAGCGAACUAUCGCCAGAGCAGAACGACUUCAACUACUCGAACUCGAACGGAGCGCAGCGACAGCAGCAACUGGCAACCAACUCACCAGCACGUUCGACGACCUCUCGCCAGAUCUACGCCGAGCAUGAUCUCAUAUCUCCAGCGUCAACCCCAUCGCUUCCACGGUACGAUUUCGGCACCGAGAACAACAACAGCUACGCAAGACGUCAGGAGAAGACCAUCAGCUCGCUUGCGUUGGAGAACUUUGAGGCGAACCUCAAAGCCAACAACCACCACAUGCAGCACCUGUCCAGCGACGAGGAUAGCAGCAUCGUGAUCGCGGAGAAUCUGUCAGUGAACGCGAACGCCAGCGAGGCGAAGCUCAAGAUUGCGAACCAAACGAGUGCGGUAGAUUUUAUGGCUUCCAGCAACGGCACCGCCAACAGCAAGUACGACACCGGCCGAAACAACAUCGGGUCCGACCUGUCGACCGAUCUUCGCCUCAAGUACAACGCGGAAUCCAACGUGGACCUGCCGGACUUCCGCUCCGGUAGCACCAUGAACGACACCACUUCCGACUUCCAGGGCCUGGACAUGACAGCGCGGGCCGGUCUUCCGUCGAGUUAUUCACACAGCAACUUCCAGGUCCCGUCCGCGGCGGGAGCAAACCUUAACUUUAACCGAUAUCAUCACCAUAUCUACGACAUCCUCAGCGAACGCGAGCAACACCAGCAGCAGUCCCAGCAACACCAGCACCAACAGCAGCACCAGGAGUUCCAGCUGCAACAGCAACAACAACAACAGCAGCAACACCAGCAGAUGCAGCACAUGAUCCAGGAUCACAUCGCCCAGCAGCAGCAGCAACAGCAGGACACCGAGUCCGAACAACCGGCGUCAGUCGACCUGAGUCGCACCUCCAACUACCUGGUCCCAUCUCCACCAUCCCCAGCCCUUCCCUACUCGCACCCCCAUCCGGACAUGAUCCGCAUGGUUUCCCUCGACCUGAGCUCCAACAGCGGAGGCAACAUGAUCGUCGGCAACACGCCCCACCACGUGCGCCACCCGUCCUUCCUGUCCUCGCAGAUCCAGCACUCCAACCGGGACCCGCUGCCCGAUCACCACCGGCUGCUGGCCAGCGAGCAGCACCGGCUGCUGGUCGACCCGGCUGCCCAUCUGAUCUUCGAGCAGAACAACCGGCUGCUGGCGGAAACUCCCGGACCGGCGCCACCUCCGCCGAGGCACGUCGUCUCGCCGCAGCGAGGCUUCGGCGCGUACCAUCAUCACCACCAUCACCAGGUCAGCUCGUCGAACUACCAUCACCACUCGGUGAAGCAGAAUCUUACCUCUCCGCCGCUGAAUCAGCACGCUUCCGCGGCCGCCGCGAACUAUCAUCCCUUUCCGACUUACUACUAGGAAGGGGUUGGACGUGGGGAAUAGGUGGUCUCUUCCGGUGCAAUAGCCAUGCAUAACAUGUCAGAAAUUUCUUCUCGGAAUUUCGAAUAAUCGUAUCAUUGGAUAUCCGAAUUGUUAUCCUGCUGUCAAACGCAUCAUUUGAUUUCGACCGCUGUGGUUAGUUUUCAUAAGGUUACUUUUCUUUUGACCUGUUUAAGUCAGUUUUUGUGCGCUCGCUUCCUGAUGUUGAAUUGACAAAUCCUACAGAGAGGCCCUUAAACGUGACAGGUUUUUGUUUACAUUACGAGUCACCCGAAUCAGUGAUAGGGCUUUCUAGGACAACGCGCUGUCAGUUUACAAGUACACUGCAAGCAGAAACAUAACCAAACUUUUCGGUACCCUCAAGGAGGUAUCAGACUAUGACAAACAAACAAGCAAACUCGUACUUUUGACAGUUUGACAAUGUGUCUGCAUUUGUUUGCAGAAAUGUCAGCCUGGCCCAUUGUUUGGCUAGACUUGUUUGACAGUUCAAGCAAAAGUGUAUUGUUUUUUUUACCAAACUUGUCGGAUCCCUAAACGUCAAAUCAGGACACAUUGCUGCCGGAUCUUUUUCCGAAUCUAUUCGAGAUAAUAGCCGGCAGCUAUUUUGUAUGGUUUGAUGUUCGCGGGGAGAGUCUUCAAAAUGUAAACAAAAUUCUUCGCGCAUCAGCCGAUUCUGCUCACGUCAGUUGAUGUUUACAUUAGGAACGAGCAGGAUUGAUAGUUUAGGACAUAUUAGACUAUGACAAACAAACAAACAAACUCGUUUUAUCGUGUUUUACAGUUUGCCAAACUCGCAAACA